AUGAAUCCUCAGUACACCAGCCUGAGAAAGGGCAUCAAGCCGAAGUCGAAGAACUGGAGUUGGAGAUUCAUUUGUCUAGACACAUGGAUUCCUGAAAUAGUCGCGGCGCUAUUCAGCAUCGCGUGCUUCAUUGGCAUAUGCGGCAUUCUCCUCGCCUACAAUCAAAAAAGUCGACCGGAACUUUAUUAUGGUCUAUCUUUGAACGCCAUAAUUUCUGUGUUGGCAACGGGCUGCAGAUCAUCUUUGAUAUUCGUCAUAGGAGAAGCCAUGGGUCAACUGAAAUGGACUUGGUUUUACGCAACACCAAAAAGGCUUAUCGACAUACAAACACUCGACAGUGCCAGUCGAGGACCUCUUGGAUCAAUUACAACUUUAUUCAAUGGAACAAGACGAUCGCUUGCUUCUUUGGGGGCAGUAACCAUCAUCUUUCUGCUUGCUUUCGAUCCAUUUAUUCAGCAAAUCAUUAGUUAUCCAAUUCGGUUAACUACUGUGAGCGAUGGAACAAAUCUUGCGAUAGCAAAGAGAUUGGGUUACUUCACCCCUGACCUAGACUAUAGCACUGUCUAUUCCACAGGUUUUUGGUCUGAGGAUACCUUAUUGAGCCCUGACUGUCCAUCGGGAAAUUGUACCUGGUCAAAGUUCCAAUCCAGUGGGCUGUGUAGCCAAUGCUCUGAUAUAACACAGUCCGUGGAUCUGAAAUGUGAAAUUAUCGAUGAGGUUACCAAUACAUCGAAUGUUUUUUCGAAUCCAUUUGCGUUUGUGCAAUGUGAUCUUGCUCCCCCACAAGGAAACACGAACAAGUUCGAUCUAAUGUUUGAUUUGUCUGCAUCAGAUUCUUCCUCUUUGAAGAACUGGUCAAGCUAUACUCACUCAACACGCAAGCUAUCUUGGCAUAUACUUUCGGCCUUCGACUUUAAUGAUUACAAAACAAGUCCACAAACCAAGAAUCAACCGUUUGCUUCGCCGAGCGAUCCGCUCAUGGUCAUCGGAUAUGCUGAGAUAGGUUACAAUCAAGAUUACAUCGAUUCGGACUGGAUAAAUGGGAUCCAAGUUGAGAAGGCAACGCAAUGUAGCCUUGAACUCUGUGUUCUCGAUUAUGAUGUGUCUGUCAAAAAUGGAAUCCCGAAUGUCACUACCUCGGUGGCUGACUACGGCGAAUUGUUUUGGAGAAAUACUUCUGAUCCUGAUAUCUCCUUGGGUGCAACAACUUGUUGGAAACCGAGAUCUAGUCCGCGAGAUAUUGCAUUUGAGAACUCUAAGCCCGGAACAUUCUUUCAACUCAGUCCGGUCGAGUUUGCAUUUUGUGGAAUUAACCUUGAGAUGCCACUUGAUGGGAGCGUUUUUGUGGGAUUCACAAGAACAAGUCUGCAGCGCAAUUCUACCAAACACGAUAAGACUGCUGAUGAUCAAAAUAUAGCUCGCAUUGCUUCUGUCGGCCUUGAAAAUAUCAUGUCAAAUGUUGCCCAACAUAUGAACAAAGAAGCAUUGCGUCAAAAUGGUUCAGAAGUGUACGGCAAAGCACAAAUCACCGAAGUCUUCGUGGAAGUGAAAUGGCUCUGGCUCAUCCUCCCAAUCAUAUUAGUGACCUCAGGGACUCUCUUCAUUACCAUGGUCAUUUUCGAAAACAAGAAGAACGGCACCAGUCUAUGGAAGUCAUCUGUGCUAGCCUUUUUCUACCACGGCUUAUACGAUGUGGACAGUGAUUCCAUGGCUGCCAGUGUUAUGGAGAAAAAGGCUGAAGGGUCGGUUGUCAGGCUUCAGGCAUCGGGGGAUCAUGGAGGUCUGAUUCUGAAAGAAGAGGAGAAUUCGGUGCAAUGCUAG